AUGACCAUGAACACUUUACCCUUGGUGCGUCUGCCAGAGCCCUGGAAGACCACCUAUGAGCUGGACGUUGUGUCUACCGAGCACUCUCUACGCAAGUUCCAGCUGCGCAGAUCUCCCCGCGCUGACGAUGGUGUACCACCCCCGAAGCCACUUCACCAUGCCUCAUUGAUGUUCACAGAUCUGGCCCAGCCUGAUACUUCUACCACGCCUGAUGAUGGGAACAACUCUGGUUGGGCUCGUGCCCAACGAAGCCCGAUAACGUAUAUCACAUGGUCAGGCUCGGAGACACCCACGGUGGGUCAGAUAUGGAAUGUGGUCUACGCAAUCGAGACACUGCGCAGCGAGUUUGAGAUAUUCCGAGCUGUUCUAUCGGGCGAGGGCAACGAGCUGCUUGCGCGCGAGUUGCAGAGUGUUGGCCUUGCCAUGGCUCACCCAGAGCCAUCUGCACCGCCAGGAAAACCCAUCCCCGUCUCCACCAACCACGUCGGCCAGCUGGUCUUCUACCGCAGCAGCUUCUGGCAAGGAGCCGGCUCGCCUUUUGGCACCCGUCCCGCGUGGGUGGCUGACCCGGGGAUUUACAGCUUUAUGCGCAAACCCUUGAAUGAAUACCCAACCCGGCCUCGCCAACAUACUGUUACUACCGGCUUUCCUGAGCGCCGUGUUCAUGCCCACCACCCUGUACGAUCACCGAAGCCCGCCCCGGGAUCCCGAAUCUACAGUCGCUAUAUCCCACACUUGAAUGAGUUCUUCUCAGUCUUUGCACUUGACUACACAAAUGAUGAGCACCUCCGGCUCUUCAACACUUGGCAAAACGACCCGCGGGUAGCGCAAGGUUGGAAUGAAACUGGCACGUUGGACCAGCAUCGCCAAUAUCUACGGACCAUGCAAGAGGAUCCGCACCAGAUUGCUGUCCUUGCCAAGUUCAACGAUACCUUCUUCUCCUACCACGAGCUCUACUGGACAAAGGAGGACCACUUAGGCGCAUACUACGACGCGGGUGAUUGGGACCGUGGUCGUCACUCACUCGUCGGCAACGAGAAGUUCCGAGGCUCACACCGUACAAUGGCGUGGUGGUCCAGCUUGAUGCAUUACAUCUUCCUAGAUGAGCCUCGUACAGACUUCGUGACUGUACUCCAAUCUGGCCCCCUGACAUACGAUCACGCAACUGGAAUGAACCUGGACAGGCUUGUGGAUCUACCUCAUAAACGGUCUGCGCUCAUCCUCGGAAGUCGGGAAAAAUUCUUCCACGUUGCACCCGUACGGUUUGAUGGGUCCGACAUGCUGGACCGUAACCCGUUCCGCUCAUUGAAGCUAUGA